GAUUUUCGCGAUCUCGCGAUAAUAAUUUACAGGUUUCCCUGCAAUUUCUCAUUGCAAUAGCUACAAAAUUUACCAUGAGACCAAAGUGAAUAUGUGCUGCAGAUCUGUAUAAAUAAUUUUACCAUUACGAUAAAAUCCCUACACUAAUUGUUGUUGUGUAACGCUCAGUAGACGGCUAACAUGAAAGUGUAUUAUUUCAGCUGAAAAAACAGUGUUAUCUAUUUAUUUACGUCAUUGUAAAUAAUUUGGCAGUGUUCUUGUGUUUGUUGUGCGCUUUGUUGACUCACAGACGCUUCGAAUCUCGCGCUGGCAACAGGCAAGAGUGUACAUUUCUGACCUUGAACUCCCGGGAUUCAAUCACCAGCUGUUACGGGUGUCCGUAAUGGAUUCUUUCUUCAGCCUGUUCGACCCGUCCGAGGGGCAGGGCAAGAGCAAGAAGAAGCACAAGACAGAAGAGGAGCAGGAGACCGCCAAGGCACCUGAUGCUCCUAAAGGUCGCCGCCGCGGGCGCCGGUCGGACGUCAAACACGAGACUCUGCCGGAGGAAUCCUCGUUCCUGUGCGAGCCGGUGCUGUCCGCCGACACGCACUGCGCCGACCAGAGCUACUUCGACAACCAUUUUGAAGUGGCCACCGAAGAAUCAAAAUCCGAAGCUGACAAAAAGCCCAAACGCCGCACUUCAACCCGCAAAACCCGCCGGAAAAAGUACCGAGUGUCCCCAGCGAAGGAAACGCCAUCUAGCGCGUGGACCGACGAACUAGAAGGCCCUCUACUAAACAACCGAACCAGCUUUGUGAAGCCAAAAACGUUUGAUGUUGGGAAAAAUGUGAAUAAUUUGAAGGAGGAUAUUGAUAUCGAUAGCUUUGAGUAUGUGAAGAAGAGUAAGAGGAAAGCUGAGCCGUUUGAUGCUGAUCAAGUUUAUCAUAUGCCCGAGAUGACGUUUGAUGAUGAACAGCUAUACGGCACUCCGGAGCUGGACAGUUUCGAAGAUCUGCCCACUGAUCUGGUGUCUGAGGAGUUGAAUGACAAUGAGGUUUUGUCGUGCAGUGAUGAUGAAGAUGACAUUAGUGAUAUCAGGUACGCAUCUGAGCUAGAAGAGUGCUCCGCCUACGGCAGCCUCCCGCCCGAGCCGCGCUUUGGCAACGUCGAGUACAAGCUGCAACUCGUCUCCGUCACGGAGAAACGGUUCCAGCACCUCGUCACACAGUUAAAAUGGCGUCUCCGUUCCGGCGGCGGCGUGGCCAUCUACGUGGUCGGCGUCAGAGACAACGGCACGCUACUGGGGCUGAGAGCCCGGGCUCUCCGCGCGUCUCUGCACACUCUGCGCAAGAUGGCGGCGGCUCUCCGCGCUUCUGUCACUCACGUUACGGCGAGACGGGUCACCAGUGAUAGGGCCACUGUGGAGGUUUAUAUACGGAAGUUGGCGGACACUCAACAGAGCGUGGAGCUAAGACUGGCCGUGAUGGGAGCCAACGAGGCGGGCAAGUCCACGCUCAUUGGAGUAUUGACGCAAGGCGAGCUGGACAACGGGCGCGGCUCGGCCCGCCUCAACAUGUUCCGGCACGUGCACGAGGUGCGCAGCGGCCGCACGUCGUCGCUCAGCCACGAGAUACUCGGGUUCGAUGCACAGGGCAACGUAGUGAACUACGGCUGCUCCCAGCUCAUGACGGCCGAACGCAUCGGCGAGAGGUCCUCCAAGCUGGUGUCUCUGCUGGACCUGGCGGGGCACAGCAAGUACCAGCGGACCACCGUGCGCGGCCUCACCGGGUACUGCCCGCACUACGCCGCGCUCAUAGUAUCCGCCUCAGCCGGCAUAACGCCCGUCACUGAAGAACACACAGCCUUGUUACUAGCGCUGGAGCUGCCGUUCUUCAUAGUGGUGAACAAGUGCGACCAGCGGGACCCCGGCCGCCUGCUGCCCGCGCUCCGGGCCGGGCUGAAGCACGCGCACAAGAAACCCCUGCUGAUAACUGACGAGAGCAUGGCUCGCAACUGCGCCGGGCCGCCGUCGCUCAUACUGGAUUCAUUGGGUAAAGGGAAUAAUAACGGGGAGAGUGAGGAGGGGCCAUCAGAAGAGAUAGUCCCAGUGUUCCCAGUGAGCUGCGUGACGGGGCGCGGCCUCAACGCACUCCACGCCUACCUGCUGGCCCUCGAGCCGCCUACCGCCGAGCACCGCGAGCCCGAGGAGGAAUCGUGCGAGUUCCAGAUUGACGAGAUAUUCCACGUGGGCGAGUCGAGCGGGCCGGUGGUGGGCGGGCUGCUCGCCUCCGGCCGGCUCAGCGAGGGGGACACUCUGCUGAUAGGCCCCCUGGACAGCGGCGAUUUCGUCGAAAUAUCCGUCAAAACAAUCUACAGAAACAGAGUACCAUGCGACAGCGUCAAAGCCGGCCAAUCAGCUUCUUUAGGCCUCAGCCACAAACCACCCAACUUGAGACAAGGCAUGGUCCUACUCACCAUACCGGAAAACUACAAAAGCAACACCCACAAGAGACCAACAUUCGGUGGUUGCCCUCCCGGCAAAUGCAAAAGUCUAAAGGAGAUAUUAAACAAUAGCAAAACGGAGAAAAACCCCAAAAACACUAAACACACGCGUAGGAAAGAGAAGAAUCUACUGAAGGAUCUGAAAAUAGUUGAAGAUAGUCUAACGAAAGAGAAGGUGGAUGUUGAAGGGAAUAUCUAUAAGAGUUCAGACGAGAGCGACAGUGACAAAGAUAGCGGGGCGAGUGCGACGGAAUGCGUGUGCGACGAUGCAGUUCUGUUGGAUGAUCCGAAUAAUCCGAGAGGGUGCUUGUACUUUCAGGCAUCAAUCCACCUGCUGCGGCACCCGACGGCGUACAUCUACCCGGGCUUCCAGUGCACCGUGCACAUCGGGAACGUGAGGCAGACUGCUGUUAUUGUGGGCAUAAUGUCCCCCUCAGGCGUGCUAAUGGCGGGGUCUCGAGCCUCCGUAGUGUUCCGCUUCGUGCGCUGGGCGGAGUACGUGCGGCCGGGGCGCCGCGCGCUGUGCCGCGCCGGGCCCGGCAGCCGCGCCGUGGCCGUGGUGCAGCAGGUGUUCCCCACGCACUGGCGCGAUUAGGGGGCGCCACUGUCGCAAUGGA